UCUGAGAUCAGAGAUGAGAGCAACACUUAAGACUAAGAAGAAACUCUCAAAGUAAGACCAUGUGCCACAGACGGGGACAUUACUCGAACUCGUGUCGGAUGCUAUAAGCUUUAACUUUUCACUCUCAUUUCAGACUUUGAGCUUUUCGGACGGUGUAAAACACACGAUAUUAAGUUUCCCAAGUGUCGAAAAAUUUUUUUAUCGAUUGUUGUAUUCAUUAUUUUUUUUUAUGUGAACUGUGUCGUUAUGAAUUAAUCAGUGCAGUGUCCGUGGAUUAUUAUUAUUAUUUUUUUAGUGUAAAAAAAAAAUUUUUAAGUUUCCAUCGAAUUUAUACCCGUGAAAUGAUGACCCUGAUGACAGACGUAGGAGGUUACUCGUAUGAAAGUCGAGCCUCUUAUGACGGCUAUCACUCACAUCAUCGUCAUCGGCAUUUUUAUAACAACCCAGACAAUGAAUAUAUACAAAGUUAUGUUGCCGUAAGGGAUGAUGACCGUAAUAAUCAUCAUACAAGAACAAGAAGUGCUGAUAGUUCAACUUCCCCAGAAAGUAUUACUGGCCACUAUCGUCACGAUAAUUUAAUCAGAUCCCAAUUUCGUUACAUACCAGACUCAGACGAUGCUUCGUCAGUGGUGUCAGCCGACGCGUCAGCAGAUCCAGAAUCAGCUUCGGCAGAUGGCGAUGAAACUAAUGAAAGUGAGCAGGGAAUUGAACAUGUCCCACAUCCCCAUGUAUUAGACGCGACUUCACCUCACGGGGCACGAAGAUGUCUUCUGUGGGCGUGUAAGGCUUGUAAAAAAAAAACUGUAACCGUUGACAGGAGGAAAGCUGCUACAUUACGUGAAAGAAGGCGCUUGAGAAAGGUAAAUGAAGCCUUUGAAGUGCUAAAGAGACGUACAAGUAAUAAUCCAAAUCAACGAUUACCCAAAGUUGAGAUAUUAAGAAAUGCGAUCGAGUAUAUCGAAAGCCUCGAAGCACUUUUACAAGGAAACCGGGGAUCGGGAAACUCAGCAGACCAUGUCGCUGCGGAUAAUACGAACGCCGAUUCAAUGCAGUAUGUAACAGACCGCCUUCGACAAUUCUCAGACCCAUUAGCGAGGUUUCAACCCAUCAACGGUUUCGAACAAUCCGACACAACCGCUAAUUCAAACACUGGAAGCAGUUUGGAUUGCCUUAAUAUGAUCGUACAAAGCAUAAGUGGAGAGUCCAAUGAAAAUAAUUAUUCAACAAAUAAUUAGUGUAAUUAGUGUGUACAGUAUUAAUUGUAUAAAUUUAUUUAUACCAUAUACAUUUAUAAUUUUAAAUAUUUUUGAGCCAAAAAAAAUUUUUAAUCAAAUUAAUAAUUUUGUAUAGUUUGUAUGACCAAAUUUUAAUUUUCUCUAUUAUAUAUUAUAAUUUAAUGUAUAAGAUUAUAAUUAUAUUUUUUUUUCCUUUUUAGUUUAUACCAAUGAUAGAAAUAAUUUUAGAUAAUUUAUAAUUAAAUAAACGCACAAAUAAUAUUCAUAAUUUUUCGUUUUUUUUUUCUAUACAUAGAAAAAUUUGUACUAAAAUUACUAUGCAGAAAACAUAAGGGUAGUAUGGAAUUACGAUGAAAAUUGGCGGUAAUGUAGAAAUUUCUUCUUAUAUUCAAUUCAAUUUAUAAUGUGCAUAGUAAUUUUAACCAAGAAAUAUUUUUAAAUUUUGUUUAGAAAAUUUUAUUUAUUGCAUAGUAAAAUUGAUUAUGAUAAAUCAUAAUAUUUAGAAAAAUAUUCGUUAAAAGAUAGUAUACAAAAAUGCUUAUGCAUGAAUACGUCACUUGAUUGCUUAAUUAUAACCUAUAAGUACAAGAAUCAACGAAAAGAGCCGAAGACUUACGAAGAAAGAGAUUUUGAAUCAAAUUAUCAUACUGUGCAGUAGGGGGAAAUGAGACACCAUUUUUUUGGUAAUUGUCUGGGGUAAAAUGAGACACCACUUAGUAACUAAAGAAAAAAAAAUUCUGUUCAAAAAUACUUUGUUACGGUUCGUAAAAAAGGGGUAAGUUGAUCACUCCAAAUUAAGAACCAAAAAAAACUGAUUCUGAAGUAAAACAAGUCACUGAUAAAAAUGAAAAUUUAUUUUUUCAUAAACUAUAAAUUUUUGCAAGUAAUAAAAAGGAUUACAGGUAAAAAAUAAAUAUUUAUCGUGACUUAUUUGACCUUAGUCGAUUUUUCAGUUCUCGAUAGCGAAAUUCACAAUAACAAAUUUUUUUUCUUAAAAAUGUCUCAUUUUUCCCACGUUACCCUACAAUGUUACAAGAAAAUUUAAAUUUUUAAGGUUAAGUUGAUAAAUUUCCUCUCUUGUGUGGAAAAAUAUAUAUGUGAAAAUAAUAUAUAACAUAUACAUGCAAAAAACAAAUAUUUUCGAUAAAUUUUGCGUAUAUAUUUACAAAUGAAUCCGACAUAUAUGCGGUGACAUCUAUGUCAACAUAAA